CCAACUUCUCGCGUUCCCCGCAGCCUACGAGAAGCUUGUCUCUUCCAGGUUACGUUGCUGUGAGAGCUAAGCAGCGUUGCUCGGCUGAACUGGGGUGACGACAGUCCACAUUAGCUAAAAAUGGCGUUCACAUUCGCGGCCUUUUGUUAUAUGCUUGCUCUGCUGCUGACGGCAGCCCUCAUAUUUUUCGCCAUUUGGCACAUCAUUGCAUUUGAUGAGCUGAAAACGGACUACAAAAACCCUAUAGACCAAUGCAACACGCUAAACCCUCUGGUGCUCCCAGAGUACCUGAUCCACAUGUUCUUCUGCGUGAUGUUCCUGUGUGCAGCUGAGUGGCUCACGCUGGGUCUUAACAUGCCUCUGUUAGCUUACCACGUUUGGAGGUAUAUGAGCCGACCUGUGAUGAGUGGGCCUGGUCUGUAUGACCCCACCACCAUCAUGAACGCAGACAUCCUGGCCUUCUGCCAGAAAGAGGGCUGGUGCAAACUGGCCUUCUACCUGCUCUCCUUUUUCUACUAUCUCUACGGGAUGAUCUAUGUGCUGGUCAGCUCUUAAACAGAACCCACUUAGAAGGAAGAAGAGAUGUGUGGGAAGGACAACACAUGCUCAGAUCUUUUAAAAAAAAAUGUUCGGAGCUGAAAUUUGGACCUUUACACACACACUCUUUGUUGCAGAGUGUGGUGAUGAGACUCUUAACCAAUCCCCAUCUCCCCCUGAACAACCAAGACAGGACGUGGCAGCCCUUUCAAAAUAAGAGUCCUGUUGUGAAGGGACUAAAAACACACUAUAGCCCUGGAUAUUUAGCUUGUUUUUUUUCUCUCUUCUGUUUGUGUGCUGCAUUUAUUUGUGAAGUUAAAAUAAAGUGAAUAGUAUUUUACCCCCCCCACCCUAAAUUUUGAAAUUCAGACACAGUGUGCACAUGCUGAUCUGUAGUAUAUUCAUAUUUGUAAAGAAGUUGAUCAUGGCAGGACUCAUUUUAAUGACACUGAGGGAAUAAAUUAAUUUGUAUAUCAGGCAAAAUUUCUUGCAUGAGUAAACUUGCCAAGAUAUUGAGAAAAUAAUGCUUAAUUUAAGAUCUGGAGGUUUGGUGGACAAAGCGGUCCACUGACUUAUUGUAGGCAUUGCAGUGGGUUGUGCUGGCUAGGUGAGCAGAAGUCAUGGUAACCAAGAAGAGGAUGACAAUCAGCUGGGUUGUCAACAACUAUGUACAUCCCCUAUCCAUUACUAUGUGUGUGCUUUGAAGACCUAGCUAGUUCUGCUUAAUAUAUAAUCGGUUUCAGGCCAAUUUAGGAUAAAACUUGGAACUGUUCUCAGUGACCAUUAGGAUGCCCCUUGUGUUCAGAUGAAAAUGAAUAUGGUGAAUUAUUAUGUUCCUGAACAUGGGUUACUCUUCAUGGAAAUAUCAGGUUUUUUAAAUAUCGAGUUUCAGUUUUGCCAUUUAUUUUACUUUGCCGAUGUGUUUGUCUCCUGGGACACCGUAUGUGUAGGCAAUACAAAAUAGCCGAUAUCAAACACAAAACCUCUACAGUUUUUUUUCCUAUUGUGACUUUCCUAUGGGUUGACACUCCUUUUACAUUAUGUUCAAAACAAAAUAUUCUCUUGUCUGGAGACUCUGUGGAAUGUUAAUGUAUCUUUAUUGUUUUAUUUCAAUAUAAUUUAUGUUUUCAAAAGAAUGCAGCUUUUAUCACAUGGCAUUCUCAUGUGUGUUUGUCCCAUUGCCAUAGCGAAGUAUACAGCUAGACUUUUCUAACCUGACAAUUCAGUCAGGACUAGGAUGUGUGAGUGUGUGCGCGAGUUUGUGUUUUUGAACGGAUGGGGAACUUCAAAUAGCUUUCUACCAGUAUGGAGUGAUAGUCUGGCCCCUGGUUUAGCAAGUAAGCCUCCAUUUUCUAUGUCGACCCCUUGCAAAUGUGAUGGAACCCUGACUAGAGCUGAAAUAAACAGAUUCUACUUCA